CCUUUAUUAUUAUUUUUUAAAAAACUACCAAAAUCUCCGCUCUCUUUCUCUAACGAGGGGUCGCCACGCCAAAGGCAAUAAGGCGGCCAAACGAAGAGCCGAUUUAAUGGCUGUCCUUCCCUUUGCUUGCCUGGUCGCUCUUUCUCUUCAUAGAUUGUAGCGUAAACGGCGUUGCCUGAGUGACGAAGGAGUUGUAUAUGCAAUGGAGGAACCUGGGGAGCUGAAACGGACGCUAAUUGAUACUACUGCCGGAGCACUUGCUGGUGCUAUAUCGCGCACGGUCACAUCGCCCCUUGAUGUCAUUAAGAUUAGAUUCCAGGUUCAAUUAGAGCCCACAUCUUCGUGGGCUUUGAUUUAUGGAAAUAUGGGUGGAUCUUCCAAGUAUACUGGAAUUUUGCAAGCGGCAAAAGAGAUAUUUAGAGAGGAAGGUUUGCCGGGUUUCUGGCGCGGCAAUGUCCCAGCUUUAUUUAUGGUUAUGCCAUACACUGCCAUCCAAUUUACAGUGCUACACAAAUUGAAAACUUUUGCAGCUGGUUCUUCAAAGUCAGAGAAUCACAUUCAGUUGAGUUCUUACCUCUCUUAUGUCAGUGGGGCAUUGGCAGGAUGUGCUGCUACAAUUGGGUCAUACCCAUUUGACCUCCUGAGAACGAUAUUGGCUUCACAGGGUGAACCAAAGGUCUAUCCAACAAUGAGAUCUGCAUUUGUUGAUAUCAUUAGAACUCGAGGCUUCAGAGGCUUAUAUGCUGGAUUGUCACCAACACUAGUGGAGAUUGUUCCUUAUGCUGGCCUCCAGUUUGGUACCUAUGAUACAUUUAAACGUUGGACCAUGGCCUGGAACCGCCAAACUUCUUCAAAUUUAAGUAUGACCAGUGUUGAUAAUAGCCUUUCAAGCUUUCAGCUUUUUGUCUGUGGAUUAGCUGCUGGAGCAUGUGCCAAACUAGUUUGUCAUCCUCUUGAUGUGGUUAAGAAAAGGUUCCAGAUUGAAGGUCUACAAAGACAUCCAAGGUAUGGUGCUCGAGUUGAGCACCGUGCUUACAGAAACAUGCUUGAUGCCCUGCGAAGAAUCUUGCAGGCGGAGGGUUGGGCUGGCCUUUAUAAGGGCAUUGUACCAUCAACCAUCAAGGCUGCCCCAGCUGGUGCUGUAACAUUUGUAGCUUAUGAAUUCACAUCAGACUGGCUAGAGUCUAUGUGGACUUGAAACUCACACCACUUAUUUUUGGCUGUUUCUAUUUUUGUUUUGUUAAUCAUUGUGAUCAUCUCAUUCUUUUUUCCUAUAACCUAUAAAGGCCCCCUACAAAAGUGGGGAUGGUUAUUAUUUCUCAUGAUUUAGUCAUUAUAAUAGGUUUUCGAGUUGGUGUGCCUUUAGAGUAAAGCAGCGAGUGUAAAGAUACAGAGAUCAAAGUGAAUUUUGAAGUUACUGAAAUUGGUAAUAUCGUUGAUGGUCA